AUGGCCGCGAAACCAUCUCGGAUGAGCUUGCUGGAAUCGGUGAAGGCAUUGUUUUACACUUCCUCCGUGCUGGGAGUGGUUCCGUAUUCGUUACGGGAAUUCUACUCGAAAAAUGUUCUGAAAAGUUCGAUUCUUGCGAACAUUUGGGUAGUGGUCAAUAUGUGUAGCUACUCGGUGAUGUUCCAUUUAUCGACCGAUUACUACAUAAGCGGGGACGGCAGUGGCCAAGGUACACUCACAAACGCAAUCGGGAUUCUCAUCAACUACAUGGAACCGUUGAUGAUGUGUAUCGACCUUGUGGCCUCAAUGAUCAACCAGAAGACGCUGAUUGACUGUGUGAGCCGGCUGGAACGAGUCGAUCUGAAGUUGACCAGUGAAAAUAUCAUCGUGAAUAAUGCGGGCGUUCGACGCUACACGAAUAUUCUCCUGAUCCUCGCCUUCAUCUUCGAGUUCCUGCUGACAACGUACAACUUCAUCGUAUUUGCUGCAGAAUAUACGCUGCUGUCUCUGAUGUGGUUUAUAACGGCCUUCCCCACGGGCAUCAAUUCGGUUAGUCGAAUUUGGUUUUUCGUACUUGUAUCGGCGGUGCGACAUCGGUUUCAAGCUAUGAACAGCCACAUGGACGAACUUGCAGGUCUACUCGAGGAGCACAACGAGCGCUGGGAGGAUGAGCGUGAGUUUGAGAAAACAGCUAUACCCAUGAAUUAUCUGGAGAAGGAAAUUUUUACGAUCCGCAGUCACCGCAGGGGUAUCAUCCAUCCGGUUCAGCCGAUGAAGAAAGGGGGUACUCCAAAGAUAAUCAAUGUGUUGCCAAUCGAGAAAAUAGGCCGUGGUGAGAAGGCAAUUUCCCAGAAGCGGUCGACGUUUGAUUUCCUUUCGUUUGAAAAGUACAUGAAGAUCGACGAGAAGCUGGAUAAGAAAAUGAUUUUAGUGUGCCGAAUGCACGAUGAGCUGUGUGAAAUUGGCAAAUGUGUGAACCAAAUGUUCAGCUUUCAGAUGUUGGUGUCGAUGGCUCAUGGGUUUAUGGUAAUAACGGCUCAAUUCUACUUUCUCUAUUGUGCCCUUUCCGGGCAGCCGGUUCCAAUUUUGUUCCGAACAGCCCAGGUGGUACAGAUCUCCGUGUUGCUGAUUGCGUACAUAGCUAUGAAGUGCGUUAUUUGCAUCUAUGUGUGUUGGAAAACUAAAACCGAAUCGAAACGUACCGGCGUGUAUAUGCAUCAUCUUGCUAACAUGGUGGACGAAACACAUUUCUAUCAAAUAGUGAACCAUCUAUCGUUGAAGCUUUUGAACCAUCAGUUGAAUUUCAGCGCUUGUGGUUUCUUCGAUCUGGAUAUGACCACGCUCUAUGCGAUAACUGGAGCUAUCACUAGCUAUUUGAUCAUCUUGAUUCAGUUCAACUUGGCCGCUCUCGGAAAGACGGGAAACUCGACGGAGGGUCUUAAUGUUACAAGUACUGCUGUGCCGCUAUUGAACUUAACUUCGACGAUCAGCACUGCACUGAGCACUUAUGUGGCUAAUCCGUGAGAAAACGUUGAUCAGAAUAUGUGUACUAUUAUCCGUGUGAUUCUUUCUUUAAUGAGCAUUGCCGAAAGCCUGUAUUAUAGUGGAUUCUUGAAUCGUGAAUUUUAUCGGAUAAUACAAC